AUGCCCUCGCGGUCCAAUUCCCGCUCCAACUACAGCUCCGACACAGCACUCCCACGCAAGCCCAACUACGACUCAGAUGAAAGCUCCGACUACGGCACCGUCCGCUACUCCAUUAGUAAUUCCGCCGCCAGCGGAUCACUCGACGACAGCAGACCCAGGAGAACGAUGAGCGCCGCGGCAGAGAAGAGGCGCUCCAGCACAAAGGAGGGUGCCAAGCUGUACCAGAUCUCAAGCACUGGCCGCGAAGCCCUCAAGAACUGGCACGAAAGCAUGCCGAGCGUCCUACAGUUGAACCACGAAAUCGCCAGAAUCGACAAGCAGGCCGCUGCCCCAGAGGCGCAGGGCUACCUCGGCCCGUGUGAUGAGAGGGAAGAGUGGUGGAACUGCCCGCGCGCGAUCGCGAAACUGGAUCGGGAUCACAAAGAGAGGAUGGCCACACUGCGAGCUGUCAAGAAAGCUAGCGAUUCCGCCAGCCAGAGCCCAGCGAAGAAGUUCAAGACCCUUGCGCGCCGCGUCGUCGGCAAGGCCAUCAAGCUGGCUCGAGGGAACACGGUUCCUGAUGGCUUGAUCGUAAACGCAACUCCGGCGGACACAGGCUUGGAGGAGAAGCCGUUCAAAACUUGCACUGUGUGCUUCGAGUGCCAGCGCCAGUCGCAGCUCGUUGCGUACGAGCUGUACAUGGAAUACAUGUACCUUACCCACAAGGCUCAGGCGUGGAACGCGUAUCGCGAGACGGUGCGCGAGGUGGGUGAGGGCUACAUCGAGUGGGCGAAGCCGUAG